CGCUCCACACUCACAAAAACCGCUUAUACGAUCACUUCAGAACCGAAACCUCCAAACAUGGAAAGCGCCACUAAAGUUGGAGCGGCAGCUCAAACCACCUCUGCUUCCCCCUCCUUCGACGGCACGCUCGGCCGCCACUUGGCUCGCCGCCUCGUUGAGAUAGGCGUCAGGGACGUCUUCUCCGUCCCCGGCGACUUCAACUUGACCCUGCUCGACCACCUCAUUGCCGAGCCCAGCCUCAACCUCGUCGGCUGUUGCAACGAGCUCAACGCCGGCUAUGCCGCCGACGGCUACGCGCGUGCCAGGGGCGUCGGUGCUUGCGUCGUCACCUUCACCGUCGGUGGACUCAGCGUCCUCAACGCCAUUGCCGGAGCUUACAGCGAAAAUUUACCGGUGAUUUGCGUCGUCGGAGGACCCAACUCGAACGACUACGGCACCAACAGGAUCCUCCACCACACCAUCGGGUUACCCGAUUUCUCCCAAGAGCUUCGGUGCUUUCAAAGCGUCACGUGUUUUCAGGCAGUGGUGAAUAACUUGGACGACGCGCACGAACUAAUUGACACUGCGAUUUCUACUGCUUUAAAGGAAAGCAAGCCUGUUUAUAUCAGCAUCAGUUGUAAUCUUCCUGGAAUUCCUCAUCCAACUUUUGCUAGAGACCCCGUUCCAUUCUUUCUUGCACCCAAGACAAGUAAUCAAGAAGGAUUAGAAGCUGCAGUGGAAGCGACUGCUGCUUUACUGAACAAAGCUGUGAAGCCAGUGAUUGUGGCUGGACCAAAAUUAAGGGUUGCGAAGGCACAAAAGGCCUUUCUGGAGUUUGCAGAAGCUAGUGGAUAUCCAAUAGCUGUUAUGCCAUCGGGAAAGGGACUUGUACCAGAGCAUCAUCCUCAUUUCAUUGGUACAUAUUGGGGUGCUGUCAGUACUAGCUACUGUGGAGAGAUAGUGGAGUCGGCCGAUGCUUAUGUUUUUGUUGGCCCCAUCUUCAAUGACUAUAGCUCCGUUGGAUACUCAUUAUUGAUAAAGAAGGAGAAAGCCAUAAUAGUGCAGUCUAAUCGGGUGACCAUUGGCAAUGGUCUUUCCUUUGGCUGGGUUUUCAUGGCUGAUUUCUUAACUGCAUUGGCUAAAAAAGUGAAAACAAACACCACAGCUGUGGAGAAUUACCGACGUAUCUAUGUCCCUCCCGGCAUUCCUCUGAAGCGAGAGCAGGAUGAACCUCUAAGAGUUAAUGUUCUAUUCAAACACAUUCAAGACAUGCUUAGCGGAGAUACUGCUGUAAUAGCGGAAACUGGAGACUCGUGGUUCAACUGUCAGAAGCUCCGUCUGCCUGAGAAAUGCGGGUAUGAAUUUCAGAUGCAGUAUGGAUCCAUUGGUUGGUCAGUUGGUGCUACUCUUGGAUAUGCACAAGCUGCGACAGACAAGCGUGUAAUUGCUUGCAUUGGUGAUGGCAGUUUUCAGGUUAUACCAUCGAAGUUGAGAUUCAUGAUGGCCCCUACAAUGUGAUCAAGAAUUGGGACUACACUCGUUUUGUUGAAGCCAUCCAUAAUGGACAAGGCAAAUGCUGGGUUGCCAAGGUUAGCAUAAAAUUUGAAUAAUCACAACGUUUGAUCUUUAUAAAUAUGUUUAAUUUGGUUUCAGCCCUCAAAAUUUUUUAAACAACUUAUACUUACACUGCUGAAAUUUCGUAAAUUGCAUAAACUUCCUUGCUUUUUAACAUUUGGAGCAACCUUCCUUACUGUAAAAUAGAACAGGGACUCUGUUUUUCAAGCAAUCAAGAGGAGUUAGUGCAAAUUGUGCAAUGUAUAAAAAGUGUCAUUGUAAUGUUUCUUUUUUCAAAGGAGAUUAGUGUCCGGGUAGAAAAAAUAACACGGAGAGUUGACACAAUCUCACAAAACCUGAGAGUGACAGUGUAAUUUAUAUAAUUUCUUUUAUUAGUUUUGAUCCUUGUAAAUUUUAAUUUUUUCUAUAAACUGGGGUAAUUGAAAGGGAAUAAUGCUUUGUGGAACCACUGAUCUUUCUUUAAUAUACUAUGCUAAUUAUGAUCUAUAGUUGGUAUCAUUAAAGGGAAAGAGCACCCUUGUUUUGUACUUUGUAAGCAUAUAGUCCCCAAAUAUGACUGUAUUCAAAACUUAGAUAUAAUAAAAUAAGGAAGUAAGAGUCCGUUUGAAAAUGAACAUCGUUUCAAGCCUUUAGAUUUUGAUAAUUACUUCACAAGAAAAAGAGUUACUUCGGAAUUUCCAUUUAUAAAUUGUUGGUGUAGGUACGAACAGAGGAUGAUCUGACAGAAGCAAUUAGAAUAGCUAGUGGAGAAAAGAAAGAAUCACUAUGUUUUAUUGAAGUUUUUGUACACAAAGAUGAUACCAGCAAAGAACUGCUGGAAUGGGGAUCCCGUGUUGCUGCUGCUAACAGCCGUCCUCCAAAUCCCCAGUAGAAAUUUCGUUUCUAAUUAUCGCCUUGUUAUGAUCUGUGUAUUUUGUUAAAUAAACUUUUGCUAGAUCAUAAUUUUCAGAGAAAAGCCUUAACUAUGAUGUUGAAAUAAAUUUGUUUUCCAGAUUUGUAUAUGGAUUCUUCUGCUGUUGUAAAUAAACACCAACUAUUGUUGCGUUAUAAUGAGAUAUUGUGCAAUGGAAUUGUUCACGAAUGAAAA